AUGGACGAAACUCAAAAUUCAAGAAUUGUAGAUCUUUUUAAUUUAAAGAAAAGGGAUAAAGAUUAUGUUGAUAAGCAAGAUCUAAUAGUAAUACUAAAAUCUCUCGGGUUUAAAAUAUGCUAUGAAAUAUUCGAAGACAAUAAAAACUGCUACAGUUUUGAUGAAUUAAAAGAUUACGUGCUGAAAUUUGAGAAUAAGCAUUACGCAAAGGAGAAAGUCGAAAAGUGUAUUAGCUUUUUGAACCCACAUAACGAAACUAUAAACAGAAAUUUGUUAAAGACACUUCUAUGUGAACAUGGAAAUAAAUUCACUGAAAGUGAAUUUAAAAAGUUUCUAGUUGACAUUCCAAUAGACACGCAGGGAAAUAUAAACCAUUUUGAAUUGGUUCAAAUGUAA